AUGGACGAAAAAAAAAAUGCCGAGCAGAAACAGACUAGAAGGGCAGAGAGGACGAACGAUUAUCCGCUAACAAGAUUUUUUUUUUUUACAAACCGUAUUCUUUGGGUUAGGGGUCCUCCUGUGAUCAUGAUAUGCCUGUUCGCGACCUCAUUCCCGCCAGUCAUUGGAUAUUCCUCCAUUGUCACCAUGUCCGGAUAUGUCUAUGGAUUCGUAUUUGGAUUCAUCAUUGCAUUUUCGUCCGCACUGGCAGGAUCGAUCGCGUGCUUUUAUCUUUGUCGGAAACGGUUCAAGGCACACGUUCGGAAAUUGAUGGCCAAAAACAAGAGUCUCAAAAGUGUUGUCAGGACAGUUGAAAGGAGAGGAUUCAGGUUGCUAGUUUUGAUCCGCUUGGCGCCUUACCCGUAUAAUAUAAUGAACGCCCUUCUAUCCGCAACACACAUUCCUCUGCACACGUUUGCGCUCGCCACCGCGAUAUCGCUCAUCAAGCUGACGCUGCAUGUGUACAUCGGAUCGACACUCUCCUCACUCACAGGGGACGAUGAUCCAGAUGAGCCCAACAAGGGUCACGGCAAGAAAGUGAAAGUCUUCGUCAUGAUCGUUGGCAUCAUCCUGGGCAUCGGUGUCGGCGCCUAUGUCUGGAUGGUAGCCAAGCGCGAGAUCGCG